CGUUAGAGAGUGAGGGAGCGCGCUCGGACUCACAGUCUUGACUGCUGCCACACUGCGCUCAGUGCAGGGACACGGGCACACUGCUCAGUAUUUCGCGUCUCUUAUUAAAGACACUGGGAUUAUUUCAACGCUUUCCUGCAGGAGUGACAGUGAACUAAACACAAGCUGACCUCAGCAGACCUCAUUUAACGGAAUUUAACGCGCGUUUUCUGCGUGCGCAGAGCGAGUUGAGCCCCGUUCAGCGGACAAAGUUUAUUUCUGCUUCACGGUCCCAUGAAGCUGGACCGGAGUUUGAAUUAACACGCCAAUCAGAAUAUAUCUAUGUGACGGCACACAGAACCAUGGUGAAAACUGUAUGGAGAUAGACAUCCUCUUUCCAACAAGGGAAAAGGAACUAUUUUUUUGUGACAUCCUCAUUUUCCAAGCUCUCUUCUGGAAGUGUGUCCAGUAUUUAAAGUCAUUUGUCUAGCAUGGCAUCCAGCCUGACAUGCACAGGGAUGAUCUGGGCUCUGGUGUCCCUGCUGAGUGCAGCAGCUUCCUGCGUGGGCUUCUUCAUGCCCUACUGGUUGCUGGGCUCACAAAUGGAUAAGCCGGUGUCCUUCGGCACUUUCCGGCGGUGCUCGUAUCCCGUUCGGGAUGAGGAGAGGCAGGCUACGGUCAUGCUGGAGCAGUGCGGGCGCUAUGCAAGCUUUCAGGGCAUCCCGAGUGUGGAAUGGCGGAUCUGUACUGUUGUGACGGGGGUCGGAUGCGGCCUGCUGCUGCUGGUGGCGCUCACAGCGCUCAUGGGCUGCUGCAUAUCAGAGCUCAUCUCCAGAACCAUCGGACGCGCAGCAGGGGGCAUGCAGUUUCUUGGAGGUCUGCUCAUCGGUUCAGGAUGUGCUCUGUAUCCUCUCGGGUGGGACAGUGAGGAGGUCCGACAGACGUGUAACAACAGCUCAGAUCAGUUUGAACUUGGCUCUUGUCAGAUUGGCUGGGCAUAUUACUGCACCGGGGCGGGAGCCGCCUCCGCCAUGUUGCUGUGCACUUGGCUCGCCUGUUUCGCAGGGAAGAAACAAAAGCAAUACCCAUACUAGAAGAACGGACCUCAGCUACGGCCUGAACCACAGCAGGACGGAUGCCUUAGACUCAGUGGAGACCGGAUCUGUGGCCCAAGGCAUGAUGGCUUUCCUCAAUUACUGCAACUUCGACUCAUAAA